ACUUUUUUUUAUUAUUUAUUUAUUAAUACUAUUGGAGGACAAAAUCUGGACGCGCAUGCGCAAAGCAGGGAGAAACAUGGCUGCGUGCAGCGACUCGGAGAGUAGUGAGAGCGUUCUGAGGAGGAGACGCACAGGUAAACAGCGCGAGAGCAGCGCAGGUGAGCACUCUGAGCAGAGCAGCGCGGAGCCGGAGACCCAGUCCGAGAGCAGGGAGGAGCCGGGGGUAGAAGUUCCCCUACAGACCGGGACCUACUGGCUGACCCGGAUCCUCUUACUGAGGUCCAUCUCCUUCAUCUACUGUGUGGCGUUUGCUGUGGCAUACAAUCAGAAUAAGCAGCUGAUUGGUCAGCGGGGGUUAAUGCCCAGCAGGGAGUACCUGCGCAGUGUAAAGCGUUAUGUUGGGGGGAAGAUUGGAGCUGCAGCGCUGGCGUACACUCCCUCCAUCCUCUGGUUCCUAGACUGGGAGGAUAUGGAUACCAACCUGGACGGCAUUGCUCUGGCAGGAAUGGCACUGUCUGGCUUUGUCUUACUUUCAGGGAGAGCCAACAUGAUCAUUAUGGCGGCGCUGUGGAUCCUUUACCAUUCCAUCACCAGCAUCGGACAGCUCUGGUAUUCUUUUGGCUGGGAGAGUCAGCUGCUGGAGACGGGAUUCCUGGGGAUUUUUUUGUGUCCAUUAUGGAGUCUGGAUCAGAUGCCCCGCCGCUGCCCACCGUCCCUCAUCUCCAUCUGGACCCUCCGCUGGCUAAUAGUGCGCAUCAUGCUUGGAGCUGGACUGAUCAAGAUCAGAGGAGACCGCUGCUGGAGGGACCUCACCUGCAUGGACUACCACUAUGAGACGCAGCCGGUUCCCAACCCCAUCUCCUACUACCUGCACCACUCCCCCUGGUGGUUCCAUCGCUUUGAAACUCUCAGUAAUCACUUCAUCGAGCUCAUCGUGCCCUUCUUCACCUUUAUGGGUCGACGCAUGUGUAUGGUUAAUGGUGUGCUGCAGAUCCUCUUUCAGGUGGUGUUGAUAAUCAGUGGGAAUCUGAGUUUCCUCAACUGGUUAACCAUCGUUCCCAGUAUAGCCUGUUUUGAUGAUUCAGCACUGGCAUUUCUAUUCCGGCCCACCGGAGGACCACGGAAAACGUUACGGAGCAUACAGGCUGAGGACACCGCAGAACACAGCCCCCCGCCUACCAAAGGUAUGUAUAUAAGGCGGGUGGUAAAUGUGGCUCUGGGGGUUCUGAUUGCGUAUCUGAGUGUUCCCGUGGUCAUCAACCUCCUGAGCCCUCGCCAGGUGAUGAACACUUCGUUCGACCCUCUACGAAUCGUCAACACCUACGGAGCUUUCGGCAGUAUCACUAAGGAGCGGACGGAGGUGAUUCUGCAGGGGACUCUGAGUGAGGAUCACAAGGCGGAGGGGGUGGUGUGGGAGGAGUUUGAUUUUGUGUGUAAACCCGGAGCUGUGGACCGCCGGCCCUGCCUGAUCUCCCCCUACCACUACAGACUGGACUGGCUCAUGUGGUUCGCUGCAUUUCAGACAUAUGAGCAGAAUGAAUGGGUCAUCCAGAUAGCAGGCAGACUUUUGGCCAAUGACUCCACAGUUCUAUCUCUAUUAGGACACAACCCAUUUGAGGGCAGAGAAAAACCACGGUGGAUACGAGGAGAACACUACAGGUAUAAGUUUACGAGACCCGGUAGCUCCAGUGCUGCACAGGGGAAGUGGUGGGCCAGAAAACGUAUUGGACCUUAUUUCCCUCCACUCAACCUGGAAGGCCUCAGGAGCUACUUUAAGUCCAGAAACUGGCCUCAGCCUGACCGACAGUGACCACACUAUCAGAAAACGUGCCUCAGACUGGGACUGGAGUUUACUGAGAGAAACACGGCCUAAGAGCCUUUUAGGCAGAACUUCAGCUUACUCUGUCGAUGUGUGAAUGCAAAACUCUGAAGGUGAUGUUUUACCUAAAGAGAAAACACUGUGCCAAACAUAUCAGGACUUUAAGGGACCAUGUAUGUUUGAUCCACAUCAGUCCAUGCUGUGUAAACUGUUACCUUGAUCCGGCAACCGGAAAUAGCCUUUUUAAAUAAGUCCAACCGGGAAACCAAUGACCAAUGUAAAUAAAACAUGAAAACCAUG